CUUGGCAGCGAGGGAAAGAGAGAAUAAUGGUGGAAGGGGGAUUAGGGGGUUUUUUUCUUCUUCUUUUUGAUUCUUUCUGAAGAAUCAAAUCCAUAGCUGGUGCUUCUUCAAUGGCAGGUCUGUCUCUCAAAUGCGGGGACUGUGGGGUCCUUCUCAAGUCUGUAGAAGAAGCUCAAGAACACGCAGAGCUUACUUCUCACUCCAAUUUCUCAGAAUCAACGGAAGCCGUCCUCAAUCUCGUCUGCACUACUUGUGGCAAGCCUUGCCGAUCAAAAACUGAGAGCUCAUUGCAUAAAAAAAGAACCGGUCAUUCUAAGUUCGUAGAUAAGGCUUCGGAUGCAGCCAAACCGAUCUCUUUAGAGGUUCCAAAACCCUCUGCUUCUGCUGGGCCGGAGAAAGGUGUCGCCGCUGGUGAAAGUAGUCAGUCUGUAGGUCGUAGUUUCUGUUUCUUAUGUCUUUAUGUCGUUCAGUGGAAUAGAGCUAUGUACUUGAACUUGACCAAAGAAAAGUGAAUUUUUA